CCAGGUGCCUGACCUGGACCGGAUCGUCCCGGUGCUGCUGGAACACGGCCUGGAGGGGCUCCCGGAGCACUGCAAGCUGAGUCCAGGGGUCCCGCUGAAACCAAUGUUGGCCCACCCCACCCGGGGCGUCAGCGAGGUCCUGAAGCGCUUCGAUGAGGCAGCUUUCACCUGCGAGUACAAAUACGACGGGCAGAGGGCACAGAUCCAUUUUCUGGAAGGCGGGGAGGUGAAGAUCUUCAGCAGGAAUCAGGAAGACAAUACCGGAAAGUACCCGGACAUCAUCAGCCGCAUCCCCAAGAUUAAACUCCCGUCAGUCACAUCUUUCAUCCUGGACACAGAAGCCGUGGCUUGGGACCGGGAGAAGAAGCAGAUACAGCCGUUCCAGGUGCUCACCACCCGCAAACGCAAGGAGGUGGAUGCAGCGGAGAUCCAGGUGCAGGUGUGUUUGUACGCCUUCGAUCUCAUCUACCUCAAUGGAGAGUCCCUGGUCCGUGAGCCCCUUUCCCGACGCCGGCAGCUGCUCCGGGAGAACUUCGUGGAGACGGAGGGCGAGUUUGUCUUCGCCACCUCCCUGGACACCAAGGACAUGGACCAGAUCGCGGAGUUCUUGGAGCAGUCGGUGAAAGACUCCUGCGAGGGGCUGAUGGUGAAAACCCUGGACGUCGAUGCCACUUACGAGAUCGCCAAGAGAUCGCACAACUGGCUCAAGCUGAAGAAGGACUACCUGGACGGCGUGGGGGACACCCUGGAUCUCGUGGUGAUCGGCGCCUACCUGGGCCGGGGGAAGCGGGCCGGCCGCUACGGGGGCUUCCUGCUGGCCGCCUACGACGAGGAGAGCGAGGAGCUGCAGGCCAUCUGCAAGCUGGGAACCGGCUUCAGCGACGAGGAGCUGGAGGAGUAUCACCAGACCCUGCAGGCCCGGGUGCUGCCCACCCCUCGCUCCUACGUCCGGGCAGACGGCGCCGUGGCCCCGGACCACUGGCUGGAGCCCAGCGCCGUGUGGGAGGUCAGGUGCGCGGACCUCUCCCUCUCGCCCAUCUACCCCGCCGCCCGCGGCCUGGUGGACAGUGAGAAGGGGAUCUCCCUUCGCUUCCCUCGGUUUGUUCGCGUCCGUGAAGACAAGACGCCGGAGCAGGCCACCACCAGUGCCCAGGUGGCCUGGCUGUACAAGAGGCAGAGUCAGAUUCAGAACCAGGAGGACACAGACCAAGACUCGGACCCGGACCCGGAAUGUUUCUACUAGGCCCUGCCCGACGGACGGGGCGGGGCGGGGCCAGCGCCUCUGGCGUUAAUGAGCAGAUCUGGUGUGCAGUGUGUGUGAGGGUGUGGUUUAAAGUGGGAUUUAGUCAUUUUUAAAAAAAUAAAUAAUUAUUAACCCC